AUUAACAGCACCAACCACUCCCAUUUUAAUAAGGUGUAUCCAUAUAAACGGCCCACCCUGUAUUUCCAAAUUCUUAUAGGAUAGAAAUCAUGGCGGUGCAAAAGUGGGUGUUGUGUGGGUCUUAAAAGAAGUGUGCAAUGGCUAGAAAGGUGCAGAACCACCUACGCUUGCUUGCUGUGAGUGUUCAUUCAUACUGAUAAUAAUGUCGUGUUUAAUGGAAAAUGAUCUUAAAUUAACCAUCAGUAUAGUCUUUGUGUAAUAAACAGUUUUUUGAUUUCAGGUCAUCAUGGAGACAGGAGUAACAGUCAACAGGACUGACGCUGUGGCUGCCUUACAUCCCUGCUAUGAGAUAAAUAAUUUCAGUUACAAACUAACCACAACACCUUCUGCUGUAUGUGUAAUGUUGUAUGGUUUCCUUACACUUUUGUCUCUUGUCACAGUGUGUGGGAAUCUCCUUGUAAUAAUCUCUGUGUUUUACUUCAAACAGCUCCACACCCCUACUAACUCCCUCAUUCUGUCUCUGGCUGUGGCUGACCUGCUUGUAGGGAUUCUAGUGUUUCCUUUCAGCAUGGCAUUCUCUCUCAGCUCAUGUAUGCAUCAUGAAGGGUUGUUUUGUAAAGUCAGAGGCAGCUUUGAUAUAUUACUCAGCACAUGCUCUAUCCUGCAUCUGUGUUGUAUUUCUAUUGACAGAUAUUAUGCCGUGUGUCAGCCACUAACAUAUACAUUUAAAAUCAACCGCCGUGUUGUAUUCAUCAUGACUUCUUUUAGCUGGGGGGUUUCUGCUCUUGUUGGAGUUGGAGUGACAAUUCCUAAACUAAGCAGUGAACAAUGUGAGGAAACAUGUUUUAUUGAUGAACUCAUGGCAAACAUAGUUGGACCAAUAUUGUCGUUUUACCUCCCAGUCGUCAUAAUGCUUUGUAUCUACCUGAAGAUUUUCCUUGUUGCACAGAAACAGGCACAACUCAUCCAAACUAGGAUGAAGUGUGGAGUAACUGCCAGCAAGAUGGAAAGAAAGGCAACAAAAACUCUGGCUACAGUUCUGGGGGUUUUUCUCUUUUGUUGGACUCCUUUCUUUCUUUACAUCACAUUUCUUCCGUUUACUAACAAUUCAGUACCGGUACCUGUGUUUGAAACACUUAACUGGCUUGCACUGUCAAACUCCAUGCUGAAUCCAUUUAUCUAUGCUUUCUUUUACAGCUGGUUCAGGUCAGCCAUUAAAACUAUUGUGUCUCGAAAAUUCAUACAGUGUGAUUUUACAAACAUACGUUUGCAAUAA